CGGAAACCAGACGUGCCUUUGCGGUCCAAGCUCAAGAAGGAUCCUGGCGUGCCUAAGCUACCUACACUGAAACAUAAAAACGCUGAAAAAGUCCGCGCGCAUGCCACAGCGGUGGCUAAACUGACAAUAACUCCAUAGACAGUCGGUCCUCUCACCCAAGAUCCCGACGCCACCAUGGCUGUAGAGCCUGCCCCAUCGUCCCUGGCGGUUUUGGCUGCGUCCGCACAGUCUUCUACCGCUUUCUCUUCGGACCCAAGUUCGUCGACCUCGUUCACGGAGGCCUCUUCUGCCGAAAACCACAAGACUCAGACAAAAGAGCAGCUCAGAAGGCAUCAUCUUCGUACUCUGCACAAAGUCAUAGAUGAAAGCGACGUUGUGCUGCUCGUGCUAGACGCUAGGGACCCAGAAGGCUGUAGGAGUAGGCUGGUGGAAGAGGAGGUCCGGAGAAGAGAGUCAGAGGGCAAGCGGUUGGUACUUGUGUUGAACAAGAUUGAUCUUGUGCCGAAGGAGAGUGCCCAAGCGUGGCUGCGAUAUCUCCGCCACACGACACCAACACUACCCUUCCGUUCUGUUUCCAACAAUCAACGAAACAACCUCUCGUCUACUACUGCACCCGCACUCGCAAAAUUGCUCAAGGCGUAUCGCCCAGCAGUAGGUGCAGGCGGAGGCAAACAAGUCAAGCAGAGCGUUACCGUCGGAGUUGUAGGAUAUCCUAACGUAGGGAAGAGCAGUUUGAUCAACUCUCUGAAACGAAGCAAGGUGUGCUCUGUCGCUUCAACACCAGGACACACCCAGACGCUCCAGACAGUCCAACUCGAACGUGGACUGAAGAUCGUUGAUUCCCCCGGUGUCGUGUUCGACGAUGCCGAUGAUCAAGUGGACAGCGCUGGCCGUCCGCGGCCAAAAGGAACAGGUGUGUUGCUGCGAAACGUCGUCAAGGUCGAAGACAUCGAGGACCCUAUCGCUCUUGUGGAGGAGAUUCUUACCCGAACAGAUCACGAGACGCUCAUGAAGAUUUACAAUCUACCACAAAUUGGGUCCACCCUCGAGUUCUUGACAAUGCUUGCACUCGUCAGCGGAAAGCUGCUUAAGGGGGGUACACCAGACGUACUCUCCGCUGCGCGGACAGUCUUAACUGAUUGGAACCACCACAAGAUUCCCUUCUUCUCCGUGCCGCCGACCAUUCACCCGUCUAUGCUACCAUCAAUGACGGCCGGGGGCCAGAUCCGAUCUGGCGCGGAAGAUGUCGGCCAGGCACGAAUCGUACAGGAAAUGGCUCCCGCGUUUAGUCUGGCUGGUUUCGAUUUUGGUGGGGCCGAGGGCACGGAUGCGAUAGAGGCCGCUGACGAAGACGCCUUUGGAGGCACGUUCGAGGAGAAGAUGUAUGUUGAAGAGGAGAACCAGGAUGAUACGGGUGGUAUGGAGAUGGACGGUGCAGAAAAUACCGCGAUCUCGACGACCUCCGUCCUCUCACAGAAGCGCGCGCGUUCGCGCUCGGUCUCGCCGACGUCGUCGGCAUUUAGCACCACCGCCAACGCGAGCCCUGUACGAGACCUUGACACGCGCGCACGCCAGCCCAAGCGGCUACGUCGGUCGCACGAUAUCCCGGCGUACGACGCGCCUGUUCGUGCUGACAGGCUCGCCAUGACGAACCCGCUGAACAGGAGAACGCUCAAGAAGGCGGCGAAGAAGGCAAAGAGGGCUGACCGGCCCAGAGGCCUUGGCGCUACAGGAGAUGGCGGGAUGGAGAUUGACGACGUAGGGAUGGAGGGAACUUUCAUGGAAGGGUAGAUCAGCAUAAGCACUCUUCCCUUGCGCGGGCGGAUGUACGUUGCUGCCACAUAGAACGCCACGGGCAUCACAUAGUGU